CCAUCACCAAUCAAAAUAUCUGUCCUUGUUCGCACAUUAACCGUUCAAUUCCUUACUACAACACUCAAUUGCACUCCGGCAACAAUGCCGGCUACCCUCAGCGGCCCCAGGGCCCGAGUUCUUCUCCUCCGAUCGCCACCAACCUCCUUAACUAGCCUGAACCUCCUCCGCCAUCACCAUCACCACCACCAGCAGAAACAGCUAAACAAACACCACUUCUCAACCACCUCAACAGCCCUCAAAACCCACACUCGCCGUCCCUCCCCGCAGUCUGCCAACUCCCCACCACCCUCGCUCUCCUCCACAGCCACGACAACCACCUUCCCAACCGACAUCAACCCACCGCCCAGCACCCGCCCAGCAGACCUCAGUCUCCCCUCCGCCCUCGCGCCCUCGGCCUCACCAGCCGACAAGCUCAAGCGUUACAUCGCCAUCGGCCGCGCCUACGCCAGUUUCUACAAGACGGGUCUCAAGAACGUCUACCACAACUACCGCGCCGCGCUGCCCCUCCGCCGCGCCCUGGGGUUGCCCGCGUAUUUGCCGACAUCGCCCUCCGCGGCGGUGAUCCGACCGCGAAUGGUGACGGGUAACAGCAGCGCAAACAACAAGACCGCAGCAGCAACAACAACAAUGAAGUCCGCGACGGCGAUUUCAGAUUCAUCAAACAAAGCAGCAGAAGCAGUCAUCUCGCGCUCCACGUUUCAUCUUCUCCACCGCUCCGCCUACGAUAUCCGCCGCAUGAUCCCCUUCACGCUCAUCCUGAUCGUCUGCGGCGAGAUGACGCCGCUGGCGGUUCUGGCGCUGGGGAAUGCCGUCACCCCGCGCACGUGUCGUGUGCCGAAGCAGCUGGAGAAGGAGCGCGGGAAGCGCGUGCAGAGGAAGAAGAUGGCGCUGCUGGCGCCCGGGUCGGUCACGCCGCCUGAGGUGGGCAGCGAUGCGGAGAUGAGCGCCAUGCUGGAGUUGGUGCGCAGGAGUGCCGUGGACGGAGACAAAGAUGCCGUGGGCCGCGCGUGUGCCCUGUUCGGGCUGGCUAAGUCACAUCAGCACCCCGCCUGGGCUGUGCAGCUGGUGUAUCGCGCGCGGCUGCAGCGGUAUCUGGACUAUUUGGAGCUGGAUGAUGAGAUGAUUCGGAGGGGCGGCGGCGUCCAGGCCAUGGAGGCGGCGGAAGUGCGCUGCGCGGUCGAGGAACGCGGUGGAGUCGGAGUCGGUUCGCCGGAUCUGGGCAAGGAUGGCUGGCAAGUGGAGAGGGAGGAGAGACGGUGGUUGGAGAAGUGGUUGCAGAGGAGGGAGAAGAGGAACUGAGUAAGAUCCCGAUCCUUGUACAGUAAGUAUGUAU